AUGCUCUCAACAAGGAGAUACAUCAACCUCGCCUUCAGGUAUAUGCAAAUGAGAUACAGCGAGCGCAUCGAUUACCUGAAGAAGCUUUUCGACAGCAAGCUGAACAAGGGUGGUCACACUGCUCGGCCAGAGCAGUACAGCAUCUCCAACGAGGAGCUAAAGAAUUUGGCGAACAAGCUCGGGCUGCCCGAACAAGAGGUCAACAAUCUUGAUGUCCAGUUCCGCCACUAUGACUUUGAUGGUAGCGGCACAUUGGAUCUCGAGGAGGUGCGAAACAUCCUGGCUGACAUCGGACUGACUCCGCAGAACCGGGAGGAAAAGUUCGAGGUCACCGAGUGCAUCAACGAGAUGACCCAAAAGAUCGGUUGCGAGGAGUUCACCUUCGAGCCUUUUUUGGAGCUGUUGAAAGAAGUGCGAGAACGUGUUCGCCAGGUCCAGAACGUGAAGUGCUGGAAGCUUUUCCAUGAGGCUGACGUGAACGGGGAAGACAGCCUGGACAUGACCCGAGUCAUGGCUCUACUGGAGACAAAGUUGGGACUCUUUCUUCGCUCAGCAGAGGAAAGCACUGAGGCAUUCAACAUCUUCAGCCAAUGCGACAGCGAAGGAAGAGGUGCGCUGAACCUGGAUGAGUUCCAACUGUUCGUCCAGAAGGUGCGAGCCAAGUUGCUGACCCUUCGGCGAAGGGAGGAGGUCCUGAUAGCGAAGAAGUUUGAUCUGGAACCGGAGCUCGUCAACGAAUUCCGUUCUAGCCUGCCCUUCCUGUGGAAGGUCUUCGAGCGAUAUUCCUUUGGUAGACCUGACCAAGGCUUACGAAAGGAGGACCUUCUGCCUUUCAUGGUUGAUGUCGGGACCGCGCCACCCAACACGGAAGAGAUGCAGUGUCUGCCAAUUCUGGACAUUAUUAAGGAGUUUGCGAGGCCGUACACGAAGUUUCCCGCCGUGCUGGAGAUCGUGCAGAAGGCCCGUGUGGCAACCAGAGCCAGCCUUGAGGAGGACCUCACAGCCAGCUUUCGGCACUAUGAUCGAGACGGAAGUGGAGAGCUGAGCAUGCAAGAGAUCUACGGCAUUCUCGAGGCCAGAGAGAUGAGCCUCUAA